AAUAAGAGAAAGGAGAAUAGAUGAUAGAUGGAUGUGAGAGUGAGAGUGAUAAUCAAUGGUCAGCAUCAUGUAUCCCUGUUUACCGCCAAACUUUGUCCUCUCUGACUGACUCACAGUCUCUCUCUAUAUCAUUUAAUUAGCCAUUGGUCCUUCUUGGGUUCCCUCAAAAAACAAAGCUUCUUGUUUGUGACCACUGGCUACUGGCUAGGAUGAUGAAAACAUACAGUACGUACUACUAACACUGCACACACAAUAAGUUUCAUUAUUAUUCAACUCUCAGUUUAGUAGUCACUCCCCAAACACUAACCAAAAUCCAAAAUCUCAUCUCAAUCUUUCUUUCAUUCAUAAUCAUUUCAUUAUUAUAUCCUACUUCCACACCAUCUUCUGCUUCUUCUUCUUCUUCUUCUUCUUCUUCUUCCAUUUGCACUGAUCAUAUAUAUGAGGAGAUACAGUAGUAGACACUAGAGUGUGUGUUUCAAUUCAGGUUCGUAUUAAUUAAUUAAUUGGUUCCUUUUCCAGUUACCCUAGAAAGCAAAACCCUAACCCUCAGAUCUUGAAAGCAAUGGAUUUGGUAACCGAUCCAACAAACCGGAGCUUCGAAAUCCAGAGCCUGGUGAAUCCAACAGCAGCAACAAACACCAAUCCUCCACCUUCGUCAUCUUCAUCGCCGAGCCGUUACGAGAACCAAAAGCGCCGAGACUGGAACACCUUCUGCCAGUACCUGAGGAACCACCGUCCGCCGCUGUCUCUGCCGCUCUGCAGCGGCGCACACGUUCUGGAGUUCCUCCAUUACCUGGAUCAGUUCGGGAAGACCAAGGUGCACAACCCUACGUGCCCCUUCUUCGGGCUCCCUAACCCUCCGGCGCCCUGCCCCUGCCCGCUCCGCCAGGCCUGGGGCAGCCUGGACGCCCUCAUCGGCCGCCUCCGCGCCGCCUACGAGGAGAACGGCGGCAGAGCAGAGACGAAUCCGUUCGGCGCUCGUGCCGUUAGGAUUUACCUGAGAGAUGUUCGUGAUUUUCAGUCAAAAGCAAGAGGAGUAAGCUACGAGAAGAAGCGCAAGAGGCCAAAGCCUAAAACCUCUUCUUCUUCUUCUGAUGCUUCUGCUACUCAUGCUUAAUUUGGAACCUGCUUCAAUCAUUUAUUUCAUCAUCAUGAACAACGUAACUGGUAUAUAUAUGUUCUUUUCUUUAUGUCUCUCUUUCUUUUGGUUUAUUUUAUGGACUUGAUCAGAUACACUUGUUACUACUAUUUAUGGUUAUAUUAUUUUCUUGUCUUGGACAAUAUUAUUUACUAUUUAUAAUUAUAAUCAUUAAUCAAUGUGCUGCUGCUGCUGCUAUAUACUUAUUAUA